AUGCCUGGUAUUACGCCCCAAAAACAAGAUGAUUAUUUCUGCACAGUAAAAGAAGUUAAAGAAGAUUACUUAUAUAUACGUAAAUACAAGCCGAUAACAGAGCCAAAAACUGCUCACCAUAUGUUACUCUUUGGAUGUUCUGACCCUGUCAAGAAAACAGGUGUAUGGAAAUGUGGAGAAAUGGUUCCAGUUUGUAACGAUAGGACAAGUAUUCUCUACGCUUGGGCUCAUAAUGCUGGUUAUAAAUCCUAUGAGUUACCUAAAGACAUUGCUUUCACCGUUGGAAAAGCGACAAGAGUUCGCUACAUUGUAACUCAAGUUCACUAUGCAAAAGUUGAUAAAUUUAAAGGUGGCAAAAAAGAUUAUUCUGGUAUUGGUUAUUACGCCACCAGCAUUCCGCAAAGAUAUCGUGCUGAUAUUUAUCUUACUGGACCAAUGAAUAUUUAUAUUCCUCCAAAUACCAAAAGGACUAACACCGACGUUCUUUGUCGUAUGAAUGAGGUUACUUAUCCAUUACAUCCAAUUUCAGUCCGUGUUCACGCUCAUGCUUUAGGUCGCGAUAUUAGUGCAUAUCGAAUUCGGGACGGAGAGUGGACGAAAAUAGUUAAGAGAAGUGCUCAAAAACCUCAAGUUUUUUAUCCAAUGGAAAAGACCAUUGAUAUCCAGCGGGGCGAUUACAUUGCAGCAAGAUGCAGUUAUGAUUCCACUAAACGUAAUAAAGUUACCACUAGUGGGGGUGGAAUGAAUGAUGAAAUGUGUAAUGUGUAUAUCAUGUACGCAGUCGAUAGUCGAAGCUCUGAAAUGACUAAUUCUGCUUGCUUCCGCUCAUCACCGAAAGAAGUAACCGAUUACAUGAACCGUUUAGAUCGUGAGCUCGAACGUGAUUAUGACGACGAAAGAGAGUUUAUGGAUACUGACCAAACCGCAGAAUACAAGCGCAGUGCUAUCUCUCGGCUCCUUCCCCUUAUGGAAGAUCAAACUUGGUCUAACGCUGUUAAAAAACUAAAAAUUGGCCAAGUUUCUUCAGUUGAUGUUGAUAGAAAUAAUUACGUCUAUAUAUUUCAUCGAGGGAAGCAUACAUGGGGUCCUAGUACGUUCGAUGAACAGAAUAUAUAUAGAGAUGCUCGUGAUCCAAUUUCAGAGCCAACUAUCUUAAAAUUACAUCCUAAAACCGGAAAAGUAAUGGCUACCUUUGGAGCAAAAAUGUUUUAUUUACCUCACGGACUGACCGUUGAUCAUGACUUUAAUAUAUGGGUAACAGAUGUUGCACUUCAUCAAGUAAUAAAACUCGAUAAGAACGGCAAAGUUUUGAUGAAACUGGGUCAAAAAUUUUCACCAGGAAAGGAUGUGCAUCAUUUUUGUAAGCCAACUAUGGUUGCCGUAGACGAAAAAACCAAAAAUUUCUUCGUAUCUGACGGUUACUGCAAUGGUCGCGUAUUACAAUUUUCUUCCGGUGGAAAUGUUAUCAGUCAUAUUGGUGCUCAAGGCUUUGGAACGCAUCAACCCUUAGGAGUUUUUGCUGUUCCUCAUGGCCUAGCGAUAGACCCCCAAAAGAGAUUACUUUAUAUAGCUGAUCGCGAGAACUACCGUGUUCAAGUAAUGAGCGUGGAUGAAGGCCGGAUCUUAAAGCAAUUUCCCUUGGGUAGUGUAGCCAUUAAACCUUAUGGUAUAGACUUUAGCCCUUUACAUGGUGGUAUUCUUUAUAUAGUCUCUUAUGAUGAGAGUGGAAAGGAUUAUCCUAAUGGUAUUCCUGGAGUAACCCUUGACGCUUCUACAGGAGAACCACUCCAAACUUGGAAACCCAAACAUAAGGCACUAUAUCGACCUCAUGAUGUUGCCUGUGCAAAAUCCAGCAAUGAUUCUUCCGUUUACGUUGCUGAAAUAUCGUCGACUAAAGCAUGGAAAUUCAUGUAUAAUCUAUAA